AUGGGCAAAAGACCUAUAGGAUCAUUUCACGACCUUCAAACAUACAGCUGCGUCCAUUGUCGAGCUAACCUUGCUAAUCACAAUGAACUUAUUUCAAAGUCAUUUCAAGGCAGUCAAGGCAAAGCUUACUUGUUUAACUCUGUAGUUAAUAUUGGCUGUGGUCCCGCCGAAGAGCGUGUUCUAUUAACUGGUCUGCACGCUGUCGCCGAUAUUUAUUGUGAAUGCUGCAAAACGACUCUCGGAUGGAAAUAUGAACAUGCUUUUGAACUUAGUCAGAAAUAUAAAGAAGGGAAAUUUAUAAUCGAACUAGCACAUAUGAUCAAGGAUAACGGUUGGGACAAGCGUGAGUACCGAAGGAAUAAUAGUAUCCAUUAA